UCUGGAAUGGAAAACCUAUCGCCAGAGCAAUGGCGCGAGAUUCUGAACAAGAAGAUGCGGUUCCCUCCAGAGCUUCUCAGUGCCAUCAAGGAAGGGAGAACAGAUCUGCUGUGUGUCCUGUUGAAGACGGGUGAUGGUAUCACCCGCCAGCUGGAUGAAUCUGAGGAUCGCCAGUGGAGGGAGGCCCUGAACCUCUGCAUCCGCUUAGGCAACGAGGAUGCUAUGGACGCCCUCCUGCAGGGAGUCAAGUUUGACUUCCGGCAGAUCCACGAGGCUCUGUUAGUCGCCGUGGACACCAACCAGCCUAUAGUGGUGAAGCGUCUCCUGGACCGCCUGGAUCAGGAGAAAGGCAACAAGAUGGAUGUACGAUCCUUCUCCCAGGCCAUCUUUGAUCGCUCUGUUGACAACUCUCAGUUUGCCCCCGGUGUGACCCCUCUGACCUUAGCCUGCCAGAAAGAUCUGUACGACAUUGUCACCAUGCUCACCCAGAAAGGCCACAUCAUCCCCUGGCCACAUAAGGUCUCCUGUGCUUGUCUGGAGUGUUCUAAUGGCCGGCAGUAUGACCUGCUGAAGUUCUCCCUGUCUCGCAUCAAUACUUAUCGUGGAAUCGCCAGCCGUGCCUACCUGUCCAUCACCUCGGAAGAUGCCAUGCUCAGCGCCUUCAGUCUCAGCAGAGAACUCCGCAAACUUUCCCGAAAAGAGCCAGAGUUCAAGCCUCAGUACCUGAGCCUGGAGGAGAUCUGUCAGGAGUUUGCCGUGGAGUUACUGGGCAUGUGCCGCAACCAGAGUGAGGUAACCACUAUUUUGAACAGCUGUGGAAAUGAGAGCCAGGAUUUCUUAGAUGAGCAGGCCUUUGAGGAAGGAAUACCCACCCUGUCACGCCUGCGACUUGCAGUCAACUACAACCAGAAGCAGUUUGUGGCACACCCGAUCUGCCAGCAGGUUCUGUCAUCUAUCUGGUGUGGGAACCUGGAAGGCUGGAGAGGUAGCAGAACAGCCUGGAAGCUUUUUGUCUCUGUGGCAAUCUUUUUCACUAUGCCCCUUCUGUGCCUUAUAUACUGGAUUGCACCAAAAUCAAAGCUAGGAAAGAUGGUAAGAAUUCCCGUGAUCAAGUUUCUUCUACACUCUGCGUCCUACCUGUGGUUUCUCAUCACUUUACUUGGGGAAUCAAUAACCAUGGAGAUGUAUAGAGACAAAUUUGCUUCUCGGCAGCAGAACCUUCUGCACAACUCCUUCCACAUGGUGUGGGUGGUUGGAUUCUUCUGGUAUGAGUGUAAGGAAGUGUGGAUCGAGGGCCUCCGGAGUUACUUCCUAGACUGGUGGAACUUCUUGGACAUAAUGGUGCUCAGCAUGUACUUGGCAUCCUUUGCGUUACGUGUGCUCAUCGUGCUCAAAGGUUACUUCCUCUGCCAUGAUCAUAAUGCCACAGAGGAGUGCAACUACUUCACCCAGACAGUGCGUGACAACUGGCAUCAGGAAGACCCUCAGCUGAUUGCUGAGGUGCUUUUUGCAGUGACCAGCAUGUUGAGUUUCACACGACUGGCAUAUAUCCUGCCAGCCCAUGAAUCUCUGGGAACACUACAGAUCUCCAUAGGGAAGAUGAUUGAUGAUAUGAUGAGAUUUAUGUUCAUACUGAUGAUCAUUGGAACAGCGUUCCUUUGUGGCAUCAACAAUGUCUAUGUUCCUUAUGUCAUUUCUCCACAUCUUGGCAGGUUCAAUGAGACCUUCCAGUUCUUAUUCUUGACCAUGUUUGGCAAUGCCAACCAGGAUUAUGUGGACAUGCCACAGUUUGUGUUGGCAGAAUUUGUAGGAAGGAUUCUGUAUGGUAUCUUCACUCUUCUCAUUGUCAUUGUCCUUCUCAACAUGCUUAUUGCUAUGAUAACCAACUCCUUUCAGAAAAUUGAGGAUGAUGCAGAUGUCGAGUGGAAAUUUGCCAGGUCAAAGCUGUACCUCAGUUACUUCAGAGAGGGCCUCACCAUGCCUGUGCCUUUCAACAUCAUCCCCUCACCUAAAGCCAUUUUUUAUAUCCUAAGGGGUAUCUUUCGGCGAAUCUUCUGCUGCUUCAUUUGUUCUUCUGAGCAAAAAUAUCCCCCCAUAGCUUCUAUGUCCAAUGAUAAGGAAUCUGAAGAUGGCCAGUUAUCUUACCGGCAGCAGGUGAUCAGGGCACUGGUGCAGCGCUACAUUGAGUCAGCUCGCAGGGAGUUUGAGGAGACCAAGAGGAAAGAUAUUGGAAAUCGAAUCACUGAGCUGAGCAAAGUGGUCAUCAGGAUGCACAAUGAUAUGAAAAUCACCCAUCAAUAUGUGAUGGAUGAUGGAGACAGUACAAGUGAUGCACCGACCAAGCAUGGCUCCUCUGUACUGGGAAAAUACAUCAUUGGUGCCAAGAACAAUUUCAGAGGUUUUAACAGCAGACAAGAUGACAAAAAUGCAUCUCUUAAGGUGAUAGUGCACAGCAAAGAGGAAGAGGUGGAGAAAGAAAAGCUUGAUUCAGAAGCACAGAUGGAAUCAGACAUACAACAGAAUCAGGUGGGGGAAUUUAAAGAAGAGGGGUCGAAGCAGGUUACAGACUGUGAUGUAGUGAAAAUGGAGGAAGGCCAAGCUCAAGUUGAGCAAGAGGAAAAUAAGGAAAUCGAGGCAGAAGAGCAGGAGGAAGCUGACAAAAAUGCAAGUAGUAUAAAUGAAGUGAAACAGGAGAAGACAGAAGGAAGCAGUUUUACCAUUAAAAUUGAGGCCACAGAUGAAGAGGCAGAAAAAAUAAGCGAAGGGGAGAUAAACACAGAGGAACCGGUGACUGAGGAACACCCCAAAGUAACCUUUGCACAUGCCGAGAGCAUCAAAGUAAGCGACAAAAAGAUAGAAACAAAAAAAAUACUCAGCAAAUUUGAAGAAAUUGAGCUGCAAGAAAAAAAAGCAGCACAACCAAGCUGGAUGAAGGAUAGAAAGCCUGAGCAUAAUGUAGCAGAGAAACCUCAUGAUGGGAAAAGCAAUGAAAAACCUGAAGCCAAGAAAAUUAUUCCCUCACCUACAGGAAGCAGCAGCUCCCACGACACGGGCUUUGGUUCCCAAGAAGAGGAAGGAUUGACGGCUUGCCAAUGAGUGACUUUUGAGGUGACCUUGCUAACUUACAGGAUAUACAGGAUAUUUUGCAUUGUCUAAAAAAAAAUUCGAUUUCAUGCAUUAAUCUUUAGAUUGUCAAACAUUAGUCAUAUUGUGAGGUUAAGAAUGAAAACUGCAAACUUCUGAGGCUUGCUAGCAAUGCUUUUGGGCUUCUCAUACCUUAGAAAAUCCCUUAUUGCUAUUUCAAAAGCUCCUCGAAAUGUGGUGCAGGCUAAACAAAGUAUAG